UUGAAAACUUUUUCUUUAUUCCACCACAACUUCAGGCUACACAAAUUAAACCCUAUUCGGGGUAUGGUUUGUAGUGGAGAGGAUUACACUUUAAUAUGUAAAAGACGUGACACGUGUCAAAGGUCUUGCUAAUCCAAGACCGAUAGUGAUGAGAGAUUUUUCUUUGAUCAGUCUUGUUUGUUUAAUAAAACGGACACUGAAUAGGUGCCUGCCUCAUGCCCCAUUAAGGGAUUACGGGACUUUAUACAAGUUGCUACAGUACUUCUUGGAGUUCCAUUUCGAAAAUAGAAGAUAUGAAAAAUAAGAAAUAUUGUUGUCAAAAUUGCAAAGCGUGACGUUUCAGCCAUUUGUACUUUUCAAAAAAAUUGUUAAUAAAAAUAGUGAGUGAAUUGUAGAUUAGGACGUAUGGAUGCUUAAGUUGCUUUAGAAAUGUCUGAGCAAGAUAAAAAGAGUGGGGGUACAGGUACCACCCCCGUGGUGGUAGAACAAACUACCAACAGCCGACACAAGGCUCCAUACCGGCCUAAUGAUAUUCAAGAUGAAACUGACCAUCAUCAUAAGCAUUCCAAAGCACCAGCUAUACAAUCUGUUGCUGAGGAAAUGAAACAUAAAACAGCAGAGGUUUUGGAGUCAGAAAAUGAGGACGAUAAGGAUCACAAACGGGUUAAAUCUAAUGAGAUGAGUAAGCAGAGUGCCGUUAAAAAAUUAUCCUCGAUUUCCAAAAAGCAGGGCACGACGACCGAUUCUGUAGCUUUGGGCCACGUCGAACUUGACACUAAGAAGGGUUCUAUGACCCCCACAUCGCAGCCAAUUCCACAAGACGUCGAAGCUCUUUCGGGAGCCAAUUUUGGCGAAAAGGAAAAUACUCAAACAGGCGAUACGGACAGUAUUACAGAAGAAAUCUCUGAAGGACGGACUAUUAAACCAUCUAAGAAAUAUUCAAAUUGGUCAGAUGACGAAGAGGCAGGCGGGCUGCCGCGCAGCGAAUCGCGAGCAUCGCGCGUUUCCCGCGUGGUUCGACAGUUUUUCUGUUGCGGCGUGCCUUACGAAGCUCCGUCCGAAGAAAACAUCUCAUCGGGACGAGCUUUUGGUCAAGGAAUAUAAAGCUUUACUCAAAAACACAACGUCUGCGAUGCUUUCGCGUGCUUUAAUGUUAUUUAGGCUGGCCAUUUUCGAUUGCUACCACCGCAUCGAACAAUUAUUUGUCGCGUUUUGUCACAAAGAUGUUGAGAGUGAUUGAAAAUGGUCAGCUGGAAGUACUGGAAUUGUGAACUUGCGUUGUACUUAGUUGGUGUGUACAUAAAAUUAAUAAUAAAAGUGGCAUUUUAUUAUCCUGCAACUUUGUAAAAACGUUUAUAUAUCCCUAAUGAUAUACUUAGAUGACAUUAUGUUCAUUAUUUUAAUUUAAUAUAUUUGUUCAGAGAUAAAGCAGUUGAA